UAAAAGGAAAUUUCAAAAAACAACAACUAUUUCUCUUUCUUCAAUCUGAUUUUCUUUCUCUUUCUUUGUUUCCAAACACGCAGUCUCCCACUCUCUAGAAAUCUCCUCUGGAAGAUUCUUCUAUAACUUUGCAAUCCUGUCUCUCUUUUUGGAAUAAUGAGAUUCUGAUCCGUCAUCUAAAUUUACCUAUCUUGUCUCUGUUUCUUUUAACUUUUUCUUUUUUCUGGUUGAAUUGAUAGUUGUGAAAUUCCUUCUUUGUGUUUUAUUUUGGGGAAAAUGCUUCUGAUUGAAAAAGAUUCUCCUCUUCUCCACUCUUAGAGAAUCCGUUCCACUGCUUUUUGGUUCGAUCUGAACGCGUUUCUUUCACCCCCAGAUCUGUCAACAAAAUCUAGGGUUAGGGUUUCUUUCUUUCUAACAUUGUUAGAUUGAUUUAACAAAUCAGUCCCUGGACAAUGUGGUUCUUUUCUGUUUAGAACUCCUUUUGGUCGUCAACUUAAAAUUUCCUUUUGUUUUGAUUUUUGUUCCUCUGGAAAUCUGCGAUGUUAAGGCAAUUCCUCAGUAAACUCCCACGAAAAUCCGGGAAAUCGGACUCGCCCGAGCUUACAAGGUCAACCUCAUGCACGACAGCGGGGUCCACCCCGCAACCUCACCGAUCCAACAGUUUGAAUUUGGGUUCUGGCCGUCCCUGCGCUCCAAAACGAACAUCUUCCGCUGUUUUUCCGGCAAGUGUUGUGGCGGGAAUCGAGCCAUUGUUGCCAUUCAAAGAUGUACCAAAUUCGGAAAAGAUGAAUCUUUUUGUGAGUAAAGUUAGCCUUUGUUGUGUAACUUUUGAUUUCACUGACCCAACUAAAAAUUUAAUUGAAAAAGAUGUUAAAAGACAAACCUUGCUAGAGCUGUUGGAUUUUGUGUCAGGGUCCGUUAGAUUUAGCGAACCUGCAAUUUUAGCCAUGUGUAGGAUGUGUGCUGUGAAUUUGUUUAGAGUUUUCCCACCCAAUUAUCGGUCUGCUGUAAGUAAUGGAGGUGAAAAUGAUGACGAUGAGCCGAUGUUUGAUCCGGCUUGGCCACAUUUGCAAAUUGUGUAUGAUUUGCUAGUUAAGUUUAUCACUUCUUCUUGUCUCGAUGCAAAAGUAGCUAAAAAGUAUAUAGAUCAUUCCUUUAUUUUGAGAUUGCUUGACUUGUUUGAUUCGGAGGAUCCAAGGGAAAGGGAUUGUUUGAAGACGAUACUGCAUAGGGUUUAUGGGAAGUUCAUGGUUCAUAGACCUUUUAUUCGGAAGGCUAUAAGCAAUAUAUUUUAUCGGUUUGUUUUUGAGAUUGAGAGGCAUAACGGCAUUGCUGAGUUAUUGGAGAUUUUCGGCAGUAUAAUCAGUGGAUUUGCUUUGCCUUUGAAGGAGGAGCACAAGAUCUUCUUGUGGAGGGUUUUGAUUCCUCUUCACAAGCCAAAAUCUUUGGGUGUUUAUUUUCAACAAUUGUCUUAUUGCGUUUCUCAGUUCAUUGAGAAGGAGCCGAAGUUGUGUAGUACAGUGAUACGGGGGUUGUUGAAGUACUGGCCCAUAACAAACAGCCAAAAGGAGUUGAUGUUUCUUGCUGAGUUGGAAGAGAUUUUGGAAGCCAUUAACAUGGUGGAAUUCCAAAAGGUUAUGGUCCCAUUAUUCUGGCGGAUUGGCUGUUGCAUUAACAGUUUCCAUUUCCAGGUUGCUGAAAGGGCACUUUUCUUUUGGAAUAACGAUCAAAUUGUAAACCUAAUUGCACAUAACCGGCAUGUGAUUUUGCCCAUCAUACUUCCAGCCUUGGAAAAGAAUGCCCAGAACCAUUGGAAUCAUGCGGUGCUCAACUUGACAAUAAAUGUCCGAAAGAUGUUCAUGGAGAUGGAUGAUCAACUAUUCAUAUCUUGCCAUAUUCACUUUAAGGAGGAAGAGGCCAAGGUAAGCAUAUUAUCUGAGAAACGGAAGGAAGCAUGGAAGCAACUAGAAAAUGCAGCCAGUCUCAAGCCAAUAGCCGGAAAUACCGCUGUACUGGUAACUCCUUUGGCAACCCCAAUUGCCUAUUAACUGCUUUCCUGAACUGGAGUUUCCCUGAGUUUUUUGAUAUAUCUUUUUCUCCCACCUUUUGCAACAAUGGGAAAUUUAUGCAAAUAGCUGCCUUUUCAAGUGGUGGGAACAUUUUUUUUUUCCUGUACGUUCCAUUAGCAGCCGUUUCCUGUAACUUGCUUUUAUGUAUUCUCCGUGCUACUGUAUGGGAUAUUAAUUGCUUCCUUGGAAAGAUCGUGGGGAGGUCCAUGCAGUGAUUUAUGCAAAACUUUAUGUAUCAACUAAUUUUGUUAAUUCUCUCACCUUAACUUA